AUGUCCCACUACGAUCCUUCGGUGCACACCACUUGUGACGUGGUGCGCCAGGCAAUUAUCCCUGCGACGAAGGCGCAACGCUGCGCCUACUCGACACUUGUGGGCGAGCAGAAGCCUCAGAAGAUGGUGACCCAUUCUUGGCAGAAUCUCUUCAGAGAUUUGGUUGCGGCCGUCAUUGCGGACGCAGUGAAUGAGCCCGCCUUUGAGCUGGUUGCCCACUUGCUGGACGAGAACAUUGACAUUGUAGAAGACCUCCUACGCUCGCAAGGAACUGGCGGCAGGGUCUACUGGAUUUGUGCUUUCGCUGUGAAUCAACAUCUGGGGAUUUGUGAAACUCCUAACGAUGGAUGCGACUCAGUUACCAAGCUGCCCUACACCGCCUGCGAUUGCCACCUGCAGAAGCAGUUCAACACGACGGCGCCCUUGACAUCCACUGGCCGCAGUAUAGCCUGCGAAAUGAACAAGUUUGAUGACAUGAUGGCUUUUCUGGCAUCUAGCGAUUCGGACUUCUCCCAGGUAGUGGCAGUGGAUCGUUCCUUCAACCUCUUUCAUCGAGCUUGGUGCGUUGCGGAGCUGGUGCAAGCACGGCAGAUGGAACUCCUGCAGCAUGUGAAAAUUCACUCGAAGGCGGUGUUACAAGAACACGCCGCGAGUUUGCAUGAUCUUCAUGUGGAAAACAUGAAAGCCUCCAGACAGGAAGAUGUACAGGAAAUCCUGUCGAAAAUCCCUAAUACCGAGCAGUUCAAUCGAUCCUUGCAAAAGCUCGUUCUCGAUCAGAAGUCUGGACUCCUGUCCGACUGGCACCAGUUAGAUGCUGCUCACCAGAUGCAGGAGACUGGUGCUCUAUUGAAAUGGGCGGCUGCUGAUGCCGAAAGGGGGGUCGUUUGGAAAUUUUGGGCCAGAUGA